GAAACCAGUUGAAUUUCCCGCCGAUGGUGACAUGUGGCUUCGAAGGUGAGACAAUUUUUUGACAUUGAAAAAUGUGUAAGCCUGUUUAAAAACAUUAAUAAAAUGUGAUACCCGAAAAAACAAUUAGAGAACAGAGAUACCUAGAAAUGUUUACGAUACGGGCUCUAUCAAAGCUCAAGAAACUACCGAAUAUAUACGAUGGAAAAACUAAGGUUAGAAUACCAAGAAUAACGAAGGAAAACAGCAUUAUAUGCUGUUUAAAGUCCACGACGAGUACAAAUUACGAUGAAAACAUAACAAACAACAUAAUAACAAUUAAACCGGUAAAAUUAGCAGAAAAACUAGUCAAUACAGCGCCGAAAAAUGCCCAACCUUACCUGCGACUCAUGCGGUUAGAUAAACCAAUUGGAUCGUGGCUCCUGUUCUGGCCCUGUGCGUGGAGCAUAACUUCUGCAGCCACCCCGGGAUGUAUUCCAGAUUUGUACAUGUUAGCAUUGUUUGGUACUGGAGCAUUAGUUAUGAGAGGAGCAGGUUGUACCAUAAAUGACAUGUGGGACAGAGACAUAGAUGCCAAAGUAGAGAGAACCAGGAAUAGACCUCUUGUUAAUGGUGAUGUGUCGAUGAAACAAGCUAUGACUUUUUUAGCUUGCCAACUAAGUGUCGGAUUGACUAUUUUGAUGCAGUUGAAUUGGUAUAGUGUGUUUCUUGGUGCAAGUUCCAUGCUUUUAGUAGGGGUUUAUCCUUUAAUGAAGAGGUUUACUUAUUGGCCCCAGCUGGUACUAGGAUUUACUUUCAAUUGGGGCGCUUUAUUAGGAUACAGUGCCAUAAAAGGCUAUGUUGACUUAGCCAUAUGUUUACCUUUAUAUUUUGCUGGAGUAUGUUGGACUAUAGUUUAUGACACAAUAUAUGCACAUCAAGACAAAAAAGAUGAUGUCCUAAUUGGUAUAAAAUCAACAGCACUUAAAUUUGACAAAGAUACAAAACUGUGGUUAAGUGGGUUUGCAACUACAAUGAUGUCUAGUUUGGCAUUAUCAGGAAUCAUGAAUGACCAAACGUGGCCUUAUUAUGCUGCUUUAGGACUGAUUUCCAGUCAUCUUGCCAAUCAAAUUUAUACUCUGGAUAUUGAUAAUCCAGCAGAUUGUUCUAGUAAAUUUAUAUCAAAUGCUAUGAUAGGAUUCAUUUUGUUCUCAGGAAUAUUUUUAGGAAAUUUAUUAAAAAAAGAUCAUAAAAAAACAAAGUUAGAUUUUAAGGAUAUAAAUGUGCUGGUCAGUUAGAUAAUUUUAGAUUAAGUUUUAAUGUGAUAUUGCCAUAUUAAGAUUUAAGUUCUAAAAGUAUAAAACUUGCAUCAAUUUUACCAAAAAUGUUGUGAUUUUAUUUAAAUGUUGAAUUAAGCAAUAUUGUUAUACUGAUUAGUGAUAUCUUUUUUCAAAAAAUAGAACGAUUUUAAUUUAUGUUAAUUAUUAAACCCAAAAUAAAAAUAUGGAAA